AUGCAAAUAUCGAACUGCGAUAGAUGCUACCGUCGCAAAGGUAAAUGCGACAAGCUUCAACCUUGCGGGUCCUGCGAGCGCGCUGGCGUCGGCUGUGUCUACACGGACCGCACCAAAGAACGACGGUUCACUGCUGAUCACGUCGAACGCCUGGAGAAGCGCAUACGGCAAGCCGAAGCACGGAAUAAGAGCCUAGCAGACGAGCUCAGCAGGAUCAGAGUCGGCACCCCAGGCGACGGCAAAGUAUCGAAGGCUCUUGCUGCUGUCAAUGCUAGCAAUCUAACGAAAGCGCGAACGACGAACGCGGAUGCCGUCGAUGAACUAUCCUACCUAGCGGUUAGCACAGCUGGCGAGCGUCGUCCUUACCUGGGCUCUGCGAGCGGCAUACUGUUUGCAAGCCUCGUGGCAUCCAAGGUUCACACAUCGAUACCGAGUGCGCCAGCCACACGCGUCAAGACCGUACCGACCACCAGAGAUCAGGAUGUCAAUCAGUCCAGAGCGCCGACACAACGUGCAUCACGCAAGUAUGCCGACUUGCCAACGCAGCAGCUUGCACAUGGACUGGUCACUGCAUUCUUUGAGGAUAUCCACAUAGCAUACCCAUGCCUGGACCCACACGCCCUUUUCGACGCCUUGGGACGGGUCUACACCCAGGAAGGCUACUAUGAGACGCGUGCAUCCUCUCACGAAGUCUUCGUCCUCAAUAUGGUCCUUGCAAUAGCUAGUGUACACAUCCCCACGACCGAUUGGCAAAGUAUACCCGGCGCUGAAACUCAUCAGACUCGUGCUUUUGUAGAGUUGGAGUCUGUCAUGAUACACAAUACGAUCGAGACCCUGCAAUGCCUGUUGCUCAUAUCCAUUUGGCGGACAACCAGUGGUAUUAGAGAUGACAGUGCCAGUAUGUGGCAAACAGUGGGUAUCGCUCUGCGUAUGGCCAUCGAGCUUGGCUUGCAUCGUGAGUCUUCGUUCUCGGUCAGGCCUUUGGGCGAAUCAGAUGCUGUGCAGCUGCAAAUCUAUCGACAGCAGGAACUGGGCCGUAAUUGCUUCUGGUGUGUCAUCGCCAUGGACAGGAUUACAAGCAGCAUACUUGGACGACCCUCGGGACUCCUGGACAGCGACAUCGACACGGAAUUACCAUCGACGGGUGUGGACAGGCUGCUCAAAAAGAGGCGAGGCUCACAUUUGACGGACGUGGCGCGAAUCGAGAUCUUCAGGAAGAUCAUCGAGUAUCGACUGUUCUGCGGUAAGCUUCUGCCAAUCUUACAUCGGAAGAGGCCAGCAGAGGUAUCGAUGGACGAUGCGCUGCGCAUACGCGAUGAGCUUGCCAACGAGCUCGACAUUUGGUAUAGCAGCUUGAAACAGCUGGAACUCCCAGAUAUAGAGCUGUCGGACGACAGCCCGCAGUCUUGCUACUCGUCACCCUUGUGA